AUGUGGUCUGUUUCUUGUUUCUUUCUAUCACUCUUUUUCUUCUUUUCACGUCUCCCACCAUUUCCUUAUCUUUCUUUGCCACACUGUUAUUUUAAUAUUUCUUUCUUUCUUUCUUUCUUUCUUUCUUUCUUUCUUUCUUUCUUUCUUUCUCAUUUUAUCCUUGUUAUUUCUUUUUGUUCUUUUCUUUUAUUUCUUUCUUUUCAAUUUUCUGAAUUUGUUUUUUCACCUCCAAUUUUCUCUUAUUCGCGCUUUUUAAAUUUUCUUUAUUCUCCCUUUUUUCUUUCUAUUUUCUUUCUUUCCAUUUUUUCUUUCUUUCUCUGUUCUUUUUCUUUCUUUUUGUUCUUUCAUUCUUUCUAUUUUUCUUUCUUUCUAUUUUCUUUCUUUCUUUCCAUUUUUUCUUUCUGUUUUUUCUUUCUCUCUUUCUGUUUGUCUUUCUCUCUUUCUUUCUAUUCUUUCUAUUCUCUUUCUUUCUUUUCUUUUUGUUCUCUCUUUCUUUCUUUCUUUCUUAAUGUUUCCCCUUUCUUUCUUUUUAUUUUUCUUUCUUUCUGUUCUUUCUUUCUUUCUUUUCCGCCUAUGAAACUUGACAACAAGUUGUUUAUUCACCUACUUAAGCACCUGCUCUUCCUCUUCUUGCUUCCUUUUUUUAAAAAUUCGUUUAUGCAUUUUUUAUUGUCUUCUUCUUCUUCUUCUUCUUCUUCUUCUUCUUCUUCUUCUUCUUCUUUUGCUGCUGAUGGUCCUAUUUGA